AUGAUCUCCGAGAGGGGACCAGCCAUGUCCCUUUACGGGAACAGGAAGUUGAUAUGUCUCGUCGUGGCCGCCAUCUCCUUGGCCUCCCUCACAGUGACAUACUUGACCAUCCCGAGGCCGCACAGGGAUGCCAUGAUCGCCGUCAUCAAAGACAAGGCCUCGCGGAUAAAGGAGCAGCUUCCCAUGUCGCUCCCGCAACACCCUCCAGCCUCGUUGAUAUCCCCGACGACGACCUCUGCGGUCUUUGACGCCGCCUCGAACCGGACCCUGGGCGUCGACAAGAUCGCCUUUAUAAACCUGCCGCACCGCCACGACCGCUUCGAUGCCAUCGCGCUGCAGUCGCACCUCUCGGGGAUCCAAAUCACCCACUUCCCGGCGGUCGACGUCUCGACGCUCCGCAGCAGCGGCCUGCCCCCCACCGAAAACCCCACGCGCCUCAAGGACACGGAGAGGGGCUGCUGGCGCGCGCACGCCAACGUCUGGCAGCACAUGCUGGAGCACCAGAUCCCCGCGGUGCUGGUGCUGGAGUCCGACGCCGGCUUCGACGUCAACUUGCGCCCCAUCAUGGGCCGGCUCAACGGCGCGUUCCGGGAGCUGCUGCGGAAAGAAAACCCGCGGGCCGCCUUGGGCGAGGACCCCGACGACCCGUGGCUGGCGCGCUCCGGCACGUGGGACCUGCUGUCGAUCGGCCACUGCGCGGACGGGCGCGGCAGCGACGGCGCGUACGUGGUGUACGACGACCCGGACGCGCCGCACAACAACUGGCGGUACGAGCCGCUCAGCCGGGUGCUCAACGGGCAGCGCAUCGUCUACCGCGCCAACAACGUCGUCUGCACGACGGGCUACCUCGUGUCGCUGUCGGGGGCCGCGCGCAUGCUGGUCCGCACCGCCUGGAACCUGGAGGAGCCCGUCGACAUCAUCAUCGCCCUCAUGGCCCGCGCCGGCGAGCUGAGGGCCUACGCCCAGCAGCAGGUCCUCGUGGCCCAGUGGCAGUACGUCGACGGCCUCAAGUCCGGCGGCAACAGCGACAUCCACCAGGGAGGCGACGACAAUCACAAGAUGACAAAGGAGGAGGAGGAAAAGGCCAAGAAGGCCUGGGAAGAAUCCAAAAAGACCCACAGCUCUUACGAGGUCAAGAGCAACUACCGCCACUCGGAAUUUACCGACUUUGCGCUGGGCAAGGCUUGGGAUCACAUCAUUGGGCACAAUUAA